AUGGGUAGAGACUGGAUGCAGCGUUUAAAUCUGCAAUGGUUAGAACUGUUUAAAAGAAUGAGAGGAAUUAAUUUCUGUGAUAGGGUUGAUUCAAGAGUGAAGACAUUAGUAGAAAAAUACCCAGAAGUAUUUAGUGACCAUUUAGGGUGCUUGAAAAACUUCCAAUGUCACAUACCACUACGUGAGGGUGCAGAACCUAAGUUUUAUAAAGCAAGACCAGUACCCUAUGCUUUAAGGACUAGAAUUGAACAAGAACUUGAUUGCUUAGAAGACCAAGGAGUUUGGAGGAAAGUCCAGUAUUCUAAAUGGGCAGCCCCUAUAGUGCCUGUUUUAAAGAAUUCUAAGGAUCCUACUGGUCCAUUUAGAAUAUGUGGAGAUUAUAAGAUUACAGUAAAUCAAGUAGCCCCAGUUGACAGUUAUCCAAUACCGAAUAUCACUGAUCAGUUAGCCACUAUUGCAGGAGGAGAGAGAUACACCAAGCUUGAUUUGUCUCAAGCUUAUCAACAAUUGGAAUUAGAUGAAACUUCGCAAGAGUUUUUAACUAUAAAUACUCACCAAGGGUUGUAUCAGCCGACUCGUCUUCAAUUUGGUGUACAUAGUGGAGGCUGGGCAGACUGUCAUUUGUAA